AAAAAAGGGGGAAAACAGGAGAGUACUAUAAAUUCGGUCAAGACUUCAGAUUGAAGGAAGGACAAACGGAAAAAGGAAAAACAAAAAUUGAUCUGCUUGGAUGGUCCGAUCGCAUGGCUUCGUCUCACCUUCCUCCUUCUCAUCGCACUCACGUUCCUCUCCCUUCAAAUUCUGGUGGUAAGCCAUUAGACAAUGAAGCUCCUAUGGUUCCUAUCCAUAUAGUGACCAAUGCUUCUCAGCUUCCGGUGGAGUUCCUGAAUCCUACGCCGGAGAGGCAGUUGGUAGUAGGUUUUGACUGUGAAGGUGUUGACCUUUGUCGCCACGGCACUCUCUGUAUUAUGCAGCUUGCAUUUCCAGAUGCUGUAUAUUUGGUUGACGCCAUUGAGGGUGGUGAGGCGCUUAUAACAGCCUGUAAGCCUGCACUUGAGUCUAGUUACGUCAAAAAAGUUAUUCACGAUUGCAAACGAGAUAGUGAGGCAUUGUACUUUCAAUUUGGCAUCAAGUUACACAAUGUUAUGGACACCCAGAUUGCUUAUUCUCUUAUAGAGGAACAAGAAGGACGGACAAGAUUGCUUGAUGACUACAUAUCAUUUGUUAGCCUCCUUGCAGAUCCACGCUAUUGUGGCAUAUCUUAUCAGGAGAAGGAAGAGGUUCGUCUCCUCCUUAGGCAGGAUCCCAAGUUUUGGACUUACAGACCAUUAUCUGAGCUUAUGGUCCGUGCUGCUACAGAUGAUGUCCGCUUCCUUCUAUACAUUUACCACAUGAUGAUGGAGAAACUAAAUCGACGAUCCUUAUGGCACCUUGCAGUUCGUGGAGCAUUGUAUUGCCGAUGUUUCUGCAUCAAUGAUAAUAACUAUGCUGAUUGGCCAUCUGUUCCUCCCAUUCCAGAUCACUUGGAGGGGAAUACUCCUGAGGAAGAAAUACUUUCUAUUCUUGAUGUUCCGCAAGGGAAGAUGGGGCGUAUUAUUGGAAGAAAAGGGGCUUCAAUCUUGUCGAUAAAGGAGUCUUGCAACGCGGAAAUCCUGGUUGGGGGUGCUAAGGGUCCACCAGACAAGGUAUUCAUCAUAGGACCUGUGAAGCAGGUGAGAAAAGCUGAAGCCAUGCUGAGGGGAAGAAUGAUGGAUUUAUACUGAGAGUGUUUCUUAGGUGGCUUCUCUCCUGAAACUUUUAAUCAAAUGAUCACAAACUCCCUAUAGAUUUGUGUUUGCCUGACCUCCCUGUAUGUACAACCGUCGUUAUUACCCAUCUGAUCGAAUGCUGCUUUGAUCUGAUUGCAGACUUUACAUUGGUAUUGGAGGUAGCCUUUAGAUGCAAAUUGAUUCUUGUUCUAAAAA